UCCCCUCUGUCGCCCGGGAGUCAGGCCCAGCUCGUCCCCACUGCAGACGUGGCCCGCCGGAGGCUGGGUGCCACAUGCCUUCUUCGGCCGAGCUGUUGAGUGCCGGCUCCUGCUGCUGUGUCGGAGGCCUGCCGGCCGCGCACGCGGGGAGCCCCAGCACGGGAGCUCCUCCUCGACGGCCAGCCUCUGUUUUUGAUUGUGACGCGACCCUGGUUGGGAAAAACAGCAGAAAACCCUGGCCUCUGGUAGUUGAAAAGAGGGGGACAACUGUGGACAGUGGUUCUCACUGGCCUUGAGAUCUCUUUGAAUUUUUAUUUGGGGACAGAAUCUCACUGAGUCACCCGGUGUGGCCUUGAACUUGGAAUCUUCGUGCCUCAGCCUGCAGGUGUGGCUCUUCGUGUCCAGAUGCCCCUUCCUCAAGGACGCCCCCACUGCUUUCUCUGGAGUGCACCAGCUUCUUAACCAUCUAAUCAAGCAGUGGUGUUAAUAAAUGGCACGUGAAGUCUAAAGCCCCACAUGGCUGGAAAGAGGUCGCUCAGCCGGCGGCCUCUGCUGCUGCUGGGGCUGCUGGUUGCAGUCGCGGCCGUCCACCUCUUCACCUGUCCCUACACCAAGGUGGAGGAGAGCUUCAACCUGCAGGCCACACACGACCUGCUGUACCACCGACUGGACAUGGACAAGUAUGACCACCAUGAAUUUCCCGGUGUUGUCCCCAGGACGUUCCUCGGGCCUCUGCUGAUGGCGGCAGUCUCCAGCCCCCUGGUCUAUGUGCUUUCACUGUUGGAAGUGUCCAGGUUUUAUUCCCAGCUGACAGUCAGAGGAGUCCUCGGGCUCAGCGUGAUUUGGGGACUCUGGGCAUUACAAAAAGAAGUGAGACGACAGUUUGGGGCCACGGUGGCCACCAUGUUCUGCUGGGUGACGGCUACACAGUUCCACUUGAUGUUUUACUGCUCGCGGACGCUCCCCAAUGUGCUGGCCCUGGCUGUGGUCCUGCCGGCCCUCACGGCCUGGCUACAGCACCGGUGGACCCUCUUCAUCUGGCUCUCGGCCUUUGCGACCAUCGUCUUCCGGGCUGAGCUGUGCCUACUGCUGGGUCUCAUGCUGCUGCUGGCGCUGUACCACAGAAGGGUCUCCGUGGCCAGACUGCUGCAGCACGCCGUCCCCGCGGGCGCGCUCUGUCUGGGACUGACGGUCACUGUGGACUCCUGUUUCUGGCGCUACCUUGUGUGGCCGGAAGGAAAGGUGCUCUGGUACAACACUGUCCUGAACAAAAGUUCCAACUGGGGCACCUCCCCACUGCUGUGGUACUUCUACUCGGCCCUUCCCCGGGGCCUGGGCUGCAGCCUUCUCUUCGUGCCCCUGGGCGUGAUGGACAGGCGGGCGCGGGUGCUGGCUCUGCCGGCGCUGGGCUUCGUGGCGUCCUACUCCCUGCUCCCGCACAAGGAGCUGCGCUUCAUCAUCUACACCUUCCCCGUGCUCAACGUGGUGGCUGCCAGAGGCUGUGCCUACCUGCUGAAUAAUUACAGGAAGUCUUGGCUCUACAAGGCGGGGACCCUGCUUGUGGCGGGACACCUGGUGGUGAAUGCCGCCUAUGCUGCCGUGUGCCUGCGCGUUUCCCACUUCAACUACCCUGGUGGCAUCGCCAUGCAGCGGCUGCACGAGCUGGUGCCCCCCUGGACAGAUGUCCUCCUGCACAUUGACACAGCCGCCGCCCAGACAGGUGUGUCGCGGUUCUUGCAAGUCAACAGUGCUUGGAGAUACGACAAGAGGGAGGACCUGCAGCCCGGGGCGGCAGACAUGCUGGCCUACACGCACCUCCUCCUGGAGGCAGCCCCCAGCCACCUGGCCCUCUACAGGGACACACACCGUGUCCUGGCCCGCAUCCUGGGCACCAGUGGUGUGAGUCUGAACCUGACCAGACUGCCUCUCUUUGAUGUCAACCUGCAGACCAGGCUGGUGCUUUUGGAGAGAGUUGUCCAGCCGUCCAAAGGGGUUAGGUGACAGCGUGCCCCCGACACUGCCCCCAGGGCAGGCAGGGCUGGAACCUGUCCACCACCAUUCCUGGGGCACACAGCUUGACAGGACAAGGGCCUCAGAGCUGCUGCCACAGGCACUGGUGGCCCUGGGGACCCCUUCUCAUCAUCUGGGCACCCUCACAACCAAGAGGGGAUAGCAGGCCAGGCAAGACCGUCCCAGCAGCUGGCUGGUGGUGGCCCUCACUGUGCACUGCCCCCAGGUGCAUGUGCUGCCCAUGGCCAGGGCCUCAGCACCUGCCCUCCCGCCCCUGCAGCUUCUAUGCUCACAAGCCCUCACAUGCAUUCAGGUGAUUUCAGGAGGUAAACAUGUUGAAAAGAAUGAGAAUGAACGUCUCAGAUGUUUUCUUAGGCAGUCUCUCAUUUGCAGUUGCUUCUGGAGGCCACCCUGUCUAGCACUGCGUUGGGGGGGGUCUGAUGCAGAUACUGGAUACUGCCAGGCACAGGGUGUCAGAGGACAGGUCAGUGCUGUGAGCUCACGUGCACACUGCAGGCACUGCACGUGUACGUGCAGGUGCACGGGCAUGAAGACGUGUUUCCUGAGUCUGCUGAGCGCGAGCUGUUCACAACAAGCCCAUGGGGUUCUGGGCUCCCUCUACCCAACUCUGUUCCACGGUGAGAAUCCUGCCUUCCAGCGGUAUCCACACAUUGACUGCUUUGCUCAAUGAGAAGACAUUAAAUAGUUUUGAGAAUUGCCUUGUCACACAAUUGCACAAAACAAACCCACCAUAAAAAGGUGAGCUCUGUGAGGGUUCUUCACUCCCACCCACGACUACAAGGGGUAAUGCGGUGCCUGGGUUGGCUGCUCCCGGCCUGUGUGGGGUUGUGUGGGGCCACUCUUCCCCUGCAGUCCCACCGCCCUUCCUCCUCGUGGCCGUGUAGACCAUGACACGAAGCUCCAGAGCGCACUCCUGCGGAGGGCAGGUUCGGGCACCCUUUCUUACAGGAAGUUCCAGCGCGCAUUCUGGAGGUGGGCAGGCCCGGGCCCCUUCUUACAGGAGCCUCUGUGCGCAUUUGCCCUCUGGUCUUUCCACCGGCGGAAUCUCCUGGAAAGUGCUGCGUCCGGCUGCGAGCCGGCUCACUGCUUCCCAGGGCCACAGGGACUCGGGGACGUAGAUGUGCUGUGGCUACGCGUCCGACCCAUCUCCGAAGGGGCAUUUAAGUGAUUUCCAAUAUUCAAUAAAAUACAGAUUUGGUGACGGCGAGUAACCAGGAGCAGUUGUAUUUUCCUACCGUGCAUCUCCAGGGUACAUCCUGGACGUGGGCACGUGGGUCGGACAGACAGGCCAGUCCUGCUGGCCUCGCCAGAUCCCUCCACAGGGUGCUUCUCUCUGCUCCUCGCAGGGCCAGUGCUUGGCCUCUGUCCUUGUUUCCUGCGCCAGUGGAGCGAAUGCCCUUUCUGUGGGUUCAAGGGCUGGUUUGUGAGCCGUGUGUUCGUUUGUUUGAUCCCUCUGUAGGCUUUUAUUAAGUGGACCAGACAUCUGGGGGUGUCCACCCGCUCCGCAUCCCCAUGCAUUCCGAGUGGACUUCACCGAGUCCUCCCUGGGGCCAGCCACCUGCUCCUGCCCGCACCCUCAGCUUGGCAGGGUCGCUUGCCCGGCUUAGGGACCUGAAGGAUUUUCCAGCUGUUGCUUAUUUUGGAACCUGCACGUUCCUUCCUGCACCCUGGGCGCCCGGGCAUCCCCACGCAGGUGAAGCAGGCCAGCGUGGCACUGGGCCUCAGCCACGCACCUCUGAGCCGGCCAGGGUGGCCUCUGGGUGUUCAUGUCCGGGGGCUCACGUCCUCGGUUGGGUUCCGAGAGUGGUGCACACUGCAAAGGUUUAUCCACAUUUCAUUCCCAUCACCCAGCCGGGCUGCAGCUUGUCCCCUUGCCUAGCCUGAGAUCGUUCACUUAUGCCACGUCGCCCUCGCACUUGAAGUUGGUGCUUUGGUGAUCGCACCCAGGUGGCCCGCCACCCACCGGAGCCGUCUCUUCUAGAAUAUCGUGUACGUGAACUCCCUGAGCUUUGGCUUCUUUCAUCCGAGUGUCUGUUGAAAAGGUGCACCUGCUGCCCAAGUAAUCACUGGUGCUGGCAGAGAGACCUGCGGGUGUUCUCCGGGGCUCAGUCUCUGGCAGUGGGACGGCUGAGCCAGAAGAGGACGCCUGCACCGGGGCACAGAUCGCAGUGUGGCAACAACCGGGCACACAUGUACUGUGCAUCCACAUUUAAGAAAAGUUUUGAGCUCCUACCCGCAGUGUUGGGAGAGCCCCACUUGUUCUGCAUUAUGCCCAAACUUGGUGGUGUCAGUUUUUAAAAUUUGAGCCAUUCGAACAGGUGUGUGGUAGCACUUGUGAUUUUAAUUUGCAUUUCUCUGAUGACUAAUGAAGGUAAAUAUUUCUUGUG